AUGGCUCCAAUCCCUGCUCUUCCACUCCCUCCCAGCUUCACCACGGAUUGGUACGUGAUGGUCGGAAUCACGGACCUGGUUUGGGCCAAUUCGGAGACCCAGAAACGUUGGAUCCGGAAGGUCGUGGUCCAUGAGCAUUACACCAAGGUCUCCGACGGCUUCGACAUCGCCUUGGUGGAGCUGGACCAGCCGGUGCAGUGCGGGUACCACGUGCAGCUCGCCUGCGUGCCCGAUUCGACGCUCAGGGUGUCCCAGCUCUCUGAGUGCUUCAUCAGCGGAUGGGGCGCGAGGGAAGCCAGAACGGGGGCAUCGUCCCCAUCUGCCCUGCAGGAGGCCAAGGUCCGCCUCAUCGAUGUCCAGCUCUGCAACAGCAGCCUGUGGUACCGAGGGGCCCUCAAGAGCCACAACCUCUGCGCUGGGUACCCCCAGGGUGGCAUCGACAGCUGCCAGGGUGACAGCGGCGGUCCCCUCAUGUGCCGGGACACCCGUGCCAACUUCUUCUGGGUUGUGGGGCUGACGAGCUGGGGCCGCGGCUGUGCCAGGGCCAAGCAACCGGGGGUCUACACCUCGACGCGGCACUUCCAUGACUGGAUCCUCCUCCAGCUGGGGAUGUUCCGCUCCGCGGGAGCCUUCGCAACACCCCCGACAUGGAGCCACCAGUCUGUCUCCCAUAGUCCCAUUCAGCAGACGAUGCCGGCUCCGACGGCCUCCAGCAUCAGUGGCAUCUGCUCCUUCCCAUACCGGCUGGUGAUGGAAUUCAUCAGUCGGGUGCAGGAGCUGCUGCAGGCUCUAAGAGGGAAGAAGACUUGA